AUGGGAAUCCUGUUCACGCGGAUGUUCUCUUCCGUGUUUGGCAACAAAGAAGCUCGUAUCCUCGUCCUCGGUCUCGACAAUGCUGGAAAAACUACAAUCCUCUAUCGGCUUCAGAUGGGGGAAGUGGUCUCCACGAUUCCGACUAUUGGAUUUAACGUCGAGACUGUUCAGUACAACAAUAUCAAAUUCCAGGUCUGGGAUUUAGGUGGACAAACGAGUAUCAGGCCAUACUGGAGAUGCUAUUUCCCAAAUACACAAGCAGUGAUCUAUGUUGUUGACUCGAGCGAUACAGAUCGAAUCGGGGUGGCUAAAGAAGAGUUUCAUGCAAUUUUGGAGGAAGAGGAAUUGAAAGGUGCGAUGGUUCUCAUCUUUGCAAACAAGCAGGAUCUUCCUGGUGCACUCGAUGACGCCGCUGUGACAGAAGCCUUGGAGCUGCAUAAGAUAAAGAGUCGUCAGUGGGCAAUCUUCAAAACUUGUGCCGUGAAAGGCGAAGGACUUUUCGAGGGAUUGGACUGGUUGAGUAACACAUUGAAGUCAGGAAGUGGCUAA